UUUCAUUCAAUUAAUUGAGUAAAUCCUGAACUUUUAAAACUUUUUUUGUGAUGGACAAAUAUUACAAUUUCUCAUGGCUAUGUGAAUUUGAAUGACUGAAUAAGUGCUAGUAUUUUUGUCGCAAAAAAUUGUGUUUAUAAUGGAUUCGCGAGUGCAGGACAGUCACAAAUCCUUCCUGAUCAAGGACCUGCUCGGUGACGUGCUGAGGCCAGGAGCAGUUCCUAUAGGGCCACCUCAGCUUGAAGAGGAACCAGAGGCUCAGCGGUGCAAUUCCUCAGUUAGUCAGAAUGUGGAAACAUCGGACGCCGAGGACGACAUCUCAGUGGGCGAUAACAGAAGCGAGACUUCUACGCCUAAAAAGUCACAAUUCACAUUUCCAGAUGAAUAUAAAAAGAAAUUGGAUGGAGAAGAAGCAGAGAGGUCGUCACCUUUAGAGUACAGUUUGAACAACCAAGCGAGCUACAGUUCUCCUUUCAAAGAAGACGAGAACGACUAUGAGAACCGGUCGGAAGAACGAAUGAGGUUGUACGACACUAGCCUGUUUCACUUGUACAGGCCGGAGAGGGAUGGCAAAAAGGACGAAGGAGCUGAGGGGACAGCUUAUGAGCACAUGACAGGUCUAUCGGACAGUAUUUAUGGCAGGUCUAUGGAUCUUUCGAAGAACUCAUUCCAGUCGCAGCUGCUUGCUGGCUUCGCGUCGGUCAUAGCUGGCAAUACUCAGAGAGAAUCACAAGAAACCAAUGACCGCCAGCCAGGCAGCAGACCCACAGCUUCCUCAAGUUCAAGCCGCAAGCCGCGUCGGCGCCGCACAGCAUUCACUCACGCGCAGCUCGCGUACUUAGAGCGCAAGUUUCGCUGUCAGAAGUACUUGAGUGUAGCUGAUCGGGGAGACGUGGCGGAGGCGCUCAGUCUUAGCGAGACUCAGGUUAAAACCUGGUAUCAGAACCGACGAACGAAAUGGAAGCGGCAAAACCAGCUUCGCCUAGAACAGCUGCGCGCGCAGGCAGCGAGCGGCGAGCGCGAGUUGUCGGCGCACGCGCUGCCGCUCGCCUGCGCGCUGCUGCCGCCCUACCCCGCGUACAUGCACUGCCAUCUGUGAAUGUGUAGUAGAUAAUGUGCUUACAUGGUGUGAGUUUAAGGUUCAAUCUUGAGGAACAUUUGUUUUGUACAUUCUGAAAUUCUUAUUUGUAAAUCUAGUCCAUUACCGUCUCAAAAGUUAAGAUAUGGGUACAUGCUGAAGAUUCGUUUGUGUAUGAUGUCCUCCUAGCCGAUUAUCGGCUACGGCGACUGAGAUCAGCCAACUGCGCAGGACAUAUUAUAGUGCACAGGCAUUUGCGCAGAGACACAAGAGCAUUCACUAUUCCUUCACUCUCAUAGCUCGAUGUGACGGCAAUCCGACAAGACCGGAGAGAAAUCAGGCGCAGGACCGACAUUUACGUGCUCUCCGAUGCACGGGUGUAUCAAUCACCAUAUUCCAGGCCUCGGGCUGCUUCGUGAAAGUCUUAUAAAA